AUGUCUACCGCCCUGCGCUCCCCGUGGCACGCCCUGGGCCGCAUGCCCACGGCUGCCGGCGUCAGGCAGCUCACCACCGCAUCUUCGUCUUCAUGUUCAGUACCGCGCGUCGGACUAUGCAAUCCCCUCGCCACGACAUCGCCCGUCGCUGCCCUCAGGGCACGCCAGUUCUCUUCCAUGUCGCGCAACGGCCCUCUCUCGCACCUCCGCCAGCUGACCAAGCCCGGCAUGCUCGGACUCAGCCUCGUACAACAGCGCUCGCUCUUCGGUGGCCCCUCUCAGGAACAACUCGCUCGCCUCGAACAGGCUGCUAAUGCCAGCCCUACGAGUGCCUCCGCUCAGGCUUCCUUCUACUCGGCUCUGCUGCGCGGCAACUACCACCAAAUCAUCAUCGACCGGUACAACACAGGACGCUUCGCCACCAACUCUACAAUUGACAAGAUGUACAACAACGCCUUGGCAAAGACGGGACAGGACGGCGGCGAACACUCGGGGCUCACUGCGAACCAACGUCAGGCGAUUACCCAGGCCAUCGGCGCAAACGCUGGCGGUGCUCAGGUCGCCAAGACCAGGGGCGGCGCUGGCGUCAAGGCCGACCCUGUCUACGUCGUCGUCGAAGAGUCUCUGAUGAAUGUCAUCUUCAAGUGGGUCCGCUGGAUCUGCGGCUUCGCUUUGGCUGCCUACGUCUCCCUGAUCCUCAUCACUCUCUUCGUCGAGACCAGCGGCGUCCUCAAGAAGGGCGUUGGCGGUAAAGAGAACGCCGAAGUCCGCCCCGAGCAGCAAAAUACCCGCUUCAGCGAUGUUCACGGUUGCGACGAGGCCAAGGAAGAACUCACCGAUGUCGUUGACUUUCUCAAGAACCCAGACAAGUACAACAAGCUCGGCGGCAGACUCCCCAAGGGUGUGCUCCUUGUUGGCCCUCCUGGUACUGGUAAAACUCUGCUUGCUCGUGCUUGCGCAGGAGAGGCCGGCGUUCCCUUCUUCUACAUGUCCGGUUCCGAAUUCGACGAAGUCUACGUUGGUGUCGGAGCCAAGCGUGUCCGCGAACUCUUCACUGCUGCUCGGGGCAAGGCGCCUGCCAUUGUCUUCAUCGACGAACUUGAUGCCAUAGGCGGAAAGCGCAGGUCGCGCGACGCCAGCUACCACCGCCAGACCCUCAACCAGCUUCUCAACGAUCUUGACGGUUUCGACCAAAGCAGUGGUGUCAUCUUCAUUGCUGCCACCAACCACCCCGAGUCUCUCGACGAAGCCCUGCUUCGCCCCGGACGCUUCGAUCGUCAUGUCCAGGUUGAACUUCCUGAUGUAGGUGGCCGACUGGCUAUCCUCAAGUACCACACUCAGAAGAUCCGGCUCUCUCCUGAUAUCGACCUUUCUACCAUCGCCCGUGGCACACCUGGAUUCUCUGGUGCCGAGCUAGAGAACGUCGCCAACUCUGCAGCUAUUCGUGCGUCUAAGAUUCAGGCAAAGUUCGUCUCUCUCGACGACUUGGAGUGGGCCAAGGACAAGAUCAGUAUGGGCGCAGAAAGGAAGAGCCGCUCCGUACCGCUCAAGGACAAGAUUCACACCGCCUACCACGAGGGUGGCCAUGCGCUCGUCGGUCUCUACAAGCCUGGCUUCAACGAUCUGCACAAGGCGACUAUUCUUCCCAGAGGUCACGCUGCCGGUAUCACCUUUUUCCUUCCAGAAGAAGAGGGCCACCACACUCGCAAACAAUACAUACGCCAACUGCAGGUCUCUCUGGGCGGCAAAAUUGCCGAAGAGCUUGUAUAUGGUGAGGAGAAUGUAUCCACCGGAGCUUCCAGCGACAUUUCCAACGCAACGAGGAUAGCGUACAUGAUGGUGACUCAGUGCGGUUUCUCAGAGAAGCUCGGCAACGUCGACUACAAAUCUAAUUACGAGAUGGUCGCACCCGAGACCAAGCGAAUCAUCGACGACGAGGUGCGAAAGCUGAUUGAUGAAGCAAGAAAGGAUGCGAAGGAGCUGCUGCUGUCGAAGCGCAAGGAGCUCGACAGAUUGGCCGAUGCGCUUGUGCAGUACGAGACGCUGGACAAGAAGGAGAUCAUGAAGGUCAUCAAGGGCGAGGACCUUCCUGGUCGGCUGAAGGCCUUGCCUGAUGCGCCGAUCAAGAUUCCAGAUAACCCACUCCCCACGGCGAUAAGACCAAGGGGUGAUGGUGGCGACGACCCAGAACCUCCCGCACCGAUACCCGCGUAG